GCCGCAUCCGGAUCGGCGCCGGCAUGGAGCGGUUCGUGCAGGGGAACCGGGCGGCUCUGCAGGAGCGCAUCCAGCGUCACCAGGAGAUCCACGUGGUGAUGGGCAACGAGGCCUGCGACCUGGACUCCACCGUCUCAGCCCUGGCCCUGGCUUAUUUCCUGGCACAGACCUCCCCGGCUCCCAGAGCCGCCUUCAUCCCAGUGCUGAACAUCCCUCGCGCUGACCUCGCGCUGCGGACGGAGACGACGUUCCUGCUGCGGGAGCAGGGCAUCCCCACGGCCUCCCUCAUCUUCCGGGAUGAGAUCGACCUGGCGGGGCUGCACCGCGCCGGGCUGCUCUCCCUCACGCUGGUCGAUCACAACGUCCUGCCCAGCACCGACGCAGCCCUGGAGGAUGCCGUGGUGGAGGUCCUGGAUCACCGGCCGCUGGAACGGGCCCGAGGUCCCGGCUGCCCGGUGACAGUGGCGCUGGUGGGGUCCUGCGCCACGCUGGUGACUGAGCGCAUGGCCCAAGGUCCCCCGGGGGUGCUGGACCGAGCCACGGCCACGCUGCUGCACGCCACCAUCCUCCUGGACUCCAUCAACCUGAGCCCUGCCGCUGGCAAGGUGACACCCAGGGAUGUGGCGUGUGUCUCCCUGCUCGAGGAGAGGUUCCCCGACCUGCCAGCCCGGGACACCAUCUUCAGGACCCUGCAAGCCACCAAGUUUGAUGUCUCGGGGCUGACGACGGAGCAGAUGCUGCGGAAGGACCUCAAAGUCCUCUCUGGCGAUGAGCUGGUCCUCGCCAUCAGCGCCAUCUACGUGGACCUGGAAACCUUCCUGCACAGGCCUGGUUUGCUGCAGGACCUGGAUGCUUUCUGCCAGGCUCAGGGCUACACGGGGCUGGUGGCCAUGAUCGUCCCUUAUGAUGAGAGCAAUGUGCUCACCCGGCAGCUCGCGGUCUACAGCCAGCACGAGACCUUCCGCAGUGCUGUGUGCCGGGCGCUGGAGGAGGCCACGACACCGGCCCUGCACCUCCAGCCCGUCCCCAGCCCCUGGUCCUGUGUCACUGCCUACAACCAAGGCAACGCUUUGGCAUCGAGGAAGAAGGUGCUGCCCAUCCUCAGGGCAGCGCUGGCGGGGCCCGAUGCUGCCCUGGGGGGGCCGGAGGAGGAGGUGGUGCCACCCCCCACCCCCAUGAACAGCCUGGUGGAGGAAUGUCCCCUGGCACAGGCUGUGCCCCCCCUCUGUCCCCAGGAUGUCCUGGAGCGCAUCAGCCGCAUCGCCGCGGGGCAGCCCCCAGGCUCCCCAAAGUAACAGCAUCAGCACCCCGUGGAUGUGGGGGUCCACACAAUGAGGACCCCCUUGGAUGUCAUGGAUGUGACACCUAUGUCGGGAUGAACAUGGCUGCAGAACUUCGAGCAGCACCAGGGCUGGUCUUCCAACCAGGCUGAACUCUAGCAUGAGCUGGACACCAGCAGGAGAAACAAGCCAAGUGGCAGCAAUGAGCAGUUCCUAGGAUGACCCACACCUGAUCCAAGAGCACCUUCUGUGUUUAGUCACAAGCAUCCCUGGUCCAAGCAGCUCUCCAGAGCUGAGCCUACAUCAGACAUCUCCAACAACCCACACAGGAACUUCCCUCUGAAGAGUCCCGGUUGAGGAACACCCUUCCUCCAACCUUCAGCACUUCUCCACCACAACUAACCCCUGGAAUAGCCUGGAAAAGGCCCUGCUGAAACCCAGUCACCUCCCAGUCACUGCACUCACCUCACCACAGCUCCCCUCUCUCCUUUCUCCCUACUGAUAGCAAUGAGAUCACACGAGAUUCCAUACUAACAACCUGGAACAUCCAUGAAAGAGGAAGAAGAGCCAGUUUGGUACCCAGGAAGAGGAACCCCCAUGGGGAGGUGUUUGUCAGUAAACCUGCAUCUUCUAAGUAAAACCAUGCAAAAAUAA